GCAGUGUUCAGACAGCUCCACUCAUCCAUGGGCCCGGCCUCCCUGAAGCAAUGAAAGUGAUGGCUAUACUACUGUUUGCUCAGCAAAUCUUUCUAGCACUCUUUGUGACCUUGAGGCAAAAUGUUCUGGGUAAACCCUAUAUUCUGUCACAGUACCCAAAGAAUAUUGAGAAGAACCCAGGGGAAUCAGCUACUAUCUUCUGUCAACUUUCCAAUGAAACAAUCACUGAAGAUACGAGUCUGGUAUGGUACAAGUACACACGUAAGGACAAAUGCAAACUUGGAGACAUCAAUCUGAAGACAAAAAACAUUACAGCAAUUGACCAAUUUCAGUUGAUGUGGGACCGUGGCAACUACACAGCAAUAAUGUCAAUACGGCAUCUGAAGGUGAAUGACUCCGGAUCAUAUGGUUGUGAGCUAUUUAACGUCGCUGACAAUGUUGAAAUCAGGAAAGCCGGUGCAACAAACAUCACAGUUGUCUUUACUGGACAGACAAUUUCUCCAGAACCAAGGAACAACACGAACAGCACAAGUAUUGUGACAGAUUCCACAAGCGUGGAAACCAAUAUUCGCAUAAUACUUGCAGCAGUAAUAGCUACUUUUGUCAUCAUCUGCCUAUUAAUUUUUAUUUUAAUUAGAUACCGACCAAAGAAACAAAACCCAGAUACCAGUCCCCCUACAGUGGAAGCCAAUUGUCAGCCUUGACAGGACGUCACAAAUGGGAAAUUCCACAAAGCGCUGGGAAGGCUCCCGAGUGAUACGCAGGUCUCUGAGCACCACAGGCAGUUCUGAGAAGUGACCUCUCAUAUGUAAUGAACAGAAAUGAAAGAAAAGUUGAAAAUCGCUGCAUAAAGUGAAAAAUGAAGAUCUCAACAUUUAUUGAAAGAGUGGAUUCAUCAGCGACAGUGAGAACAUGUACCACUUAAUGGUAUGCUGAUCAUGAAACGAGCAAAGAUCUAUCUGGACAAACUGAUAAUUGAAGCUAAUUGUGAACAUUCAGCAGGCUGGUUUCAGAAAUUUAAGAAAAGUCUCUGCAUUAAUUUUUAAAGGAUUUGUGGUGAUAAAGCAUCUACUGAUCACAAAACAGCAGAGAAAUUCAUUGAUGUGAUUGCCAAGAUUAACACUGAUGAAAGUCUAAUUUGCUGAAUGUCUGCAUUAAUACGUAAGUGUGAGGAACAUGCAUAAGACAAAAGCUGCUUACCGAUAGAACAUAAAUUCAGAGUCAGGAAUAAUAUUGAUGCCAAAUGGCAACUGACUAUCCACUUGGAUAUCUGAGGUAGUGAUAGCUAUUAAAAAUAAUAUAUAAAACUACCUUCGGGGUAUAUGUAUAAACCAUAUAUGUAAAAUGUUCAGACUUGGUGUAAAGGAUUUUGUGUUUAGACUUGGGUUCCAUUCCCAAGGCAUUAUAUUAUACAGAUUCAAAUAUUGCAAAAUCUGAAAAUAAUCUGAAAUCUGAAAUACUUUAGCUUCAAGCAUUUCAGAUAAGCAGUGCUCAACCUCUACCUCUGUCGUAAAGAAUGAAAUGAGGCUCACGCCGCAAAUACUCUCAAUGGUAAUUCUGAACUGAGUCAUCACCCAUAGUGCUAAAAAUCUUUGCAGUAAUAAUGUUUAGAAGCAUGCAUGUAAAAUUGCAGACUUUUACACUUUGCUGAAGUGACCACAACUGACUCACUGGAAUAAUUAUGAACCUAAUUAAUGAUAAACAACA